AUGUUCUAUUCAUUUCUUUGUACAUCUGCGAUUCUUGCCGCCGUCGUCGUCGACGCGCAAUUCAGUCAAUCGGGAAAGCAGACGAUUCUCGAUAUGCACAACACGAUGCGAUCGAAAAUCGCAAAAGGCUCCUAUGUGGCCAGAGGAGUUCAGAAGCCGUCGGGCUCCAAUAUUCUGAAAAUCAAAUGGGACGAUGGGGUGGCGGCGAGCGCGCAGGCCUACGCCAACACGUGCCCGACGGGUCAUUCGCACGCCGCUGGUCUCGGCGAGAACCUCUACUGGUUCUGGACGUCGGCGAAUCUUGGAAACCUUGACCGAUACGGAAAAUUGGCGUCGGAAUCGUGGGAGAAGGAGUUCCAAGAUUUCGGCUGGAGCACCAACAAAAUGGACAUGGCUCUGUUCAACACCGGCGUCGGACACGCAACCCAGAUGGCGUGGGCCAAGACGGGACUCAUCGGAUGCGGUGUGAAGAACUGCGGAAAGGAUCGCGGAAUGAGCAAGGUCGCAGUGGUGUGCCAAUAUAAAAUACCCGGCAACUUCAUUGGAUCGAACAUCUACGAAUCCGGCGCGACGUGUUCGCAAUGCCCGGCGGGAACACGCUGCGAGACAGGCACCGGCCUCUGCGUCUAA